AUGGCCGACGAGGAGACGAAGGACGGGGCGCCGGCGGCGGCGCCGCCGCAGUCCUGGUUCGACCAGUUCGCCGCCGUCGCCGCGGCCCGGCCCGGCGACCUCGCCGUCGUCGAGCCCGUCGCGGGGGUGUCGCGGACCUACGACGCGCUCCUGCGCCGCGCCCUGCGCCUCGCCGCGGGCCUCGAGGCCCGCGGCGGCGGCGCUGGUUCGCCCGUGGCCUUCUACGGCGCGCGGGGCGCCGACUACGCGGCCCUGCUCCUCGCCUGCAGCCGGCUCGGCCGCGUCUUCGUGCCCCUGGCCCCGGACUACCCCGGGACCCGCGUCGCGGCGAUCGCCGCGGCGUCGGGCGCGGGCGUCGUCGUCCGCGACCGCGACGCGCCGCCGCCGGGCUUCGACGCGCCCGACGUCGCCCUCGGCGACCUCGACGCCGACGGCUGGCGCGACGCGUCGCCGAAGGGCGGCGGCGCCAAGGUCCACCCCGACGACGCCGCGUGUCCGCCGUCUUCCGCCGGCGGCGGCGUCAUCCUGUCGAGCUCCGGGUCCACGGGCGCCCCGAAGCUCAUCGAGCGGCGCGAACACUCCUUCCAGCACCGCCUCGACUGGACCUGGGCGUCGCUGCCCUACGCGGACUCGGAGAGCUGCGUCAAUAAGAGCCACUGCACGACGACCCAUUCCCUCUACGAGCUGCUGGAGCCGCUCCUCUGCCCGUCCGGGCGGCCCGUGCUCCACAUCUUGCCCGACGUCGGCGACCUCGGCCUCGCGGCCUUCUGGGACGUUUUGAAGACCAUCCGCUGCGCGCGGCUGUUGAUGGUGCCGAGCCUCUUGCGGGGCACGUUGGACCACGUCGGCCCGCUGCCCGACCACGUCCGCGUCGUCGUCUUGAUGGGCGAGGCGCCGGACCGCGCGCUCUGCCGGCGGGCCGUGGACGCAUGCCCGCAUCUCGCCCGCCUCGUCUCCAUCUACGGGUCCACGGAGGCGUCGAGCUCGCUCUUUCUCGACGUCGCGGCGCAGCUCGCGCCCCAGUUGUUCGCGCGCUACGUCGGCGACGCCGCGGCGACGGCGCGCAAGCUCCGCGACGCGGCCGGCGGCCCGCUCUACGACUGCGCGGACCUCGCCGUGCUCGAGGCGGCGGCGCCCGGCGACCCGGCCGGGGCGUUCGUCGUCGCGGGCGCGCGCCACCGGCUCGUGCACCGCGGACGAAGCGACGACGUCGUCAAGAUCCGCGGCUUCCGCAUCGAGCUCGGCGACGUCGAGCACCACUGCGUCGCCGCCGCGCGGCGGUCGGGCGCGGUGGUGGCCGACGCGUGCGCCGUCGUGGUCGACGAUGCUCUGGUCGUCUUCCUCGGCUGCGGCGACACACCGCCGCCGGGUUUAGGCGGCCGCGCGCGGCGCGAGCUCGACGGACACGUGCCCGCCUACAUGGUGCCCCGGAGCGUCGUGGCGUUGCGCGCGCUGCCGCUCACGGACCGCGGGAAGCGGGACCGCGCCGCGUGCCGCGCCUACGCGGCGAUGAUCGACGACGCGGUCCGCGCGGAGCCCGCGGCUGUGCCCGCGGCCGAGGCCGCGCCCUGCUCCUCCGGCGGCUCGAAGGCGUUGAUUGUGGGCGCGAUCCUGCGGGUCACGGGCGUCCGCGCGGGCGGCGGCGACCGCCUCGCGUCCGUCGGCCUCGACAGCCUCAACGGCAUCACGUUGGCGCGCCAGCUCCGCGAGACCUUUGGGGACGACGCCGUCGCCGACGGCGACGUCGCGCGGAACCCGACGGUGCAGGAGCUGGCGGAUCUCGUGGACGCGCGGCGCGGCGGCGCGAAGACCCUGGACGCGAAGGCCGUGAACAUGGAGGCCAUCGCGGGGCUGCGCGCGGUGCUCUGCCUCUGGAUCGUCCGGGGCCACCUGCGGGCCUACUGCCCGGCGCACGCCUGGACCGACGGCGUCGGCUACGGCGACAUGUCGCAGUUCUAUCGAACCGUCGUCUUCAUGCUCCUCGCGGGCAUGUCGGUCUCGAUGCAGCACGACAAGGUGCGGUCGUCGACGUGGAACAUGCUCAAGGCCGGCGCCGUGCCCCUCUUUCCGGUCUAUCUCGUCGGGCUGGCCAUCGAGACGCCCAUCCAGCUCAUCCCCUGCGAGAGCGUCACGCUGGCCUGGGUCUGGUGGUUUCUUGUUUUGGUCAUGCAGGGCGGGUGGAUCGUCGGCUUCCGCGAGGGCCAGCUCGUCAUGACCCACUGCUGGUACCUCACGUCCCAGAUCUUCUUUUUGGUGCUCUUCAACUGGUUCCAGCGGUCCGUCAAGGCGCGGCCCGUGGGGACCCCGAUGGACAUCGCGCGGCGCGCGGCGGCGAUCCAGGCCUUGGUCUUCCCCGUGCGCUGCGUCACCAUCGCCAUGAGCUUCUUCAUCAUGCACAUGUGGCCGCCGAUCCAGAUGGGCACCUUCAAGAUCGGCGUCAUCGUCGGCCAGGCCGUGCUCCACAUGGAGCUCAGCGACGCGCAGGCCGAAUCCUGGGGCAGGGUCACGGACGGCAUCUGCCUCCUCUUCCUGUUCAUGGCCUACACCUGGGGCGUCUUCUGGGCGCUCACGGUGCGCUUCAUGGGCGAGCCGCUCCUCGCGCUCCUCGUCUUCGGCCUCUGCCGCACGCGGAGCCGCUUCGCGAAAAUACUCUCGUACCCGAUCCUCGCGGACUUUGGCCAGUACUCCUACGCAGUCUACAUCCUGCACGCGGGCAUCAUCAAGUGGGCCUUCUUCGUCGUGCGGAACAAGGUCCACAAGUGGGGGCCCGUCUUUGACCUAAAGACGUACCGCGACUCGCACUGCCAGAUCUGGAAGGACAUCGUCGACGAGGAGGUCGACGACUGGGACAACUUCGCGCAGGAGCACUACUGCCGCCUCUACCCCUGGAUGUACACGGGCGUCUUCACGUCCGUCGUCUUCGGCGCCGUCGUCGUCACGAAGCUCGUCCACCAGCCCUUCCAGCGGUGGUGGGCGCGCCGCGUCGCGCGGACGACGCGGCCGCCGGCGGACCACGACCACGCCGCGGGCCGCACGUCCUGCGGGCCGGGGGGCUACCUCGGCGACUGCGAGGACCAGUCCUGCAUCCCCUGCCUCGGCUGCGACUCCCACGCGGCGAACCCGCGCACGGAGGGCGAGGAGAACUUCCUCUGCUGCUCCUUCGUGCUCUGGGCCAUGACCAUGGGCGUUUGCGUGGUCGUCCUCGUCAUCGUCGCCGUCGCCGCCGUCUUCGCCGGCGACGGGCUACCGGCCGCUAGGGAAGGGGACUAA